AUUUUUGGGGAAGUUUUCAUCUGACGCCCUUCUCAUUAUCUCUCAACAAGCGCUUCUUAAAAUACUAUCACGACCGUGAUAUAGCAACAACAGCCAGCCUCAACAACUACGCAAAUCACACACAAACACAGAAUACACCACCACCAUCAAAAUGUCCUCAACAGACAAACCAGAGACAAUCACGGGCGGCUGCGUCUGCGCAUCAGUCCGCUACACCGUGACGUUUCCCCCCGACCACGACUUUGCCAACAGCUGCACCACAUGCCAAUGCGAGCAAUGCCGCAAAAACACCGGCUCCCUCAUCUUCCGCUCCCACAGGCUGCCCAAGUCCGCCGUCGAAUACACGGCCAACUCGACGCUCAAGGUGUACUCGGCCACGCCUCACUGCGAGCGCGGCUUCUGCACAAACUGCGGCAGCUUUCUCUUCUGGCAGCGCGACAACCGCGACUACACCUGCCUCACAGUGGGUUGCUUCGACGGCCCGGCUCUGGAGCGAUACGGGCCUCUCUUGACGGCGGCCAAGCGGCAUUUGUUCUGCGAGAGGGAGGUGCCUGGCGUCACGGAUCAUUUGGCGGGUGAGAGGUUUGCACAAGAUGAUGAAUAAAUUAAACUUGACUUCUUUGUUUAUACUACCUAUUCUUCUUUGGCCCGUGAAAAACUCUGUGUAUAUAAAAAUAUGACAUGAAAAGAGAAAAAGAGAAAACAAGUAAAAAGAACCCAAUCAUUCUCGCUGGUGGUAUAUAGCGUUAGCUGGCCC